UGCCUGGAAUGUUGACCAGCGGGUUGGCCGAUGCAUAACUGGGUACUGCGUGUUUUCAUAGAGAUUAUGCGACGGAACAAAGUGAACGUCAGAUUCAGAUUUGAACGGAAAGUAAAAAGUAUGUCUUAGAGUUUCUAAAACAAACAAACUCCAAACUUUGUAUCAGUUUGCCGAGUUGGGCUAAGUUAGACUCCGUGUUUAUCCUCUCGGGAUCAGUGAAAAGUGAAAGCUCGCGGUAACUGGCUGCCUGACGGAGAGAACUGAGUCAUUGUUGUUACCCGGGAAUGUGAGCGGGUCACACAAACAAAACAAAAUAGCUUAAUAGCAGCUAACGUCAACGGACAGUGAAACCAAACCGUAACCAUACACGAACACAGUCGACGACCGAUACCUUUUUUUCAUAACUCUAUUGUUUUUGGCGACUAAACGUUGGCUAAAGUUCGACUGCUGUGGGCUCGUGGUAUGGCGACCGGAGGAGCUCCGUUUGACGGUAGUUCAGAAGAACUACAGAACUGGACUGUAACAAAAGGCAGUCUGGAAGAUAGGCUCAACAACAUGGCCUGGGGUAUACAGCAGAAGAAGGCCAACCGAUCUUCAGAGAAAAACAAGAAAAAGCUGUCGGCCAGUGUGGUGGAGAGCCGCAUGACCAAUGAUAUUUCACCAGAGUCCACUCCAGGUGCUGGUCGCAGGAGAGCACGCAACUCUCAUUCCUUCGCACACAUUAAAUACACCACGCAGAUGUCUGUUCCAGACCAAGCUGAGCUGGAGAAGCUGCGCCAGAGGAUCAACUUCACUGACCUGGAUGAGAGGAGCAUUGGCAGUGACUCCCAGGGGCGUGUCACAGCUGCCAACAACCAGCGCCAGUUGGCUGGAGAGAACAAGAAGCCCUACAACUGCCUACCUCUGCAUGUAAACACAAACAAAAGCAAGGAAAUGCUUCCUCCCUCUGCCUCUGCCCCUGCUACCCCUUCUGUGAUUAAAGAAGCCAAGAGGCAGAGUACAGGACUUCGGGAUCCUUUAACCCCUGUGAUUCCUACCAAGGAAACUGCGAGGGUCAGUCAUGGUGGAGCUGAGAGGGGGCUCCUGGUGCAAAGAGAGUAUGACAGAGGAGAGCCACCAAUAGACAGCAGCCAGGUGGUGAGCAAACUGAUACAGAUCCGCGAGUACAUCAGUAAAGCCAGCUCUAUGCGGGAUGACCUGGUGGAGAAGAACGAUGUGCCGGCCAACGUGGAACGUCUUUCCCAUCUUAUCACUCACCUCAAGGAACAAGAGAAGUCUUAUUUACGUUUCCUGCAGAAAAUGCUGGCACAAGAGAAUGAAGAGGACGAUGUAGGGACCCUAGAUUCUGCUGUGUGCUCAGGUUCACUGGCAGAGAGCAUUCCAGUUAAUAUUGAGGGUGGCAGGGUGGUUGCGCGUGCUGACCAGAAGGAGGAGUUGGAGAAUCUGCGAAAGCAGCAUGAACUGCUAAAGAAGAUGCUGGAGCAGCAGGAGCAGCUCAGGGUCCUGCAGGGCCGACAAGAGGCCCUGAUGGCUAUGCAGCAAAAUGCAGAACAGGCAUUGGCUGUGAUUGAAGACACUGUUGUCACAGAAACCACCGGCAGUGUGUCAGGACUGAGCAUCACCUCAGAACUGAAUGAUGAGUUGAAUGAUUUGAUACAACGAUUUCACAACCAACUACAUGACUCUCAGACCAAAGCAGUACCAGAUAACCGUCGACAGGCAGAGAGUCUAUCUCUCUCCAGAGAGUGUUGGUCAAGACCUCCCCAUGCUGUUGGUCCACCCAAACACAGACAGCUUCUCCAUGCUGCGUCAGGUCCGCAUGCCGGAUUGGACACUGGUGUUGCGGCAGCCAGCGCAAAACUCACCAAACUUCAAGAACUGCAAGACAAAAAGCAAACCAUGGACAAGAUUCUCCAGGAGCUACAUUCACUCAGAGACCACACUCUCAACAACAGCUCAUGUCGAGGUUUGUCGACACAUUGUAGCAUUGGGGGGUCUUCAGACUGUCCUUCUGCCCUCUCCUCUAACGGGGCUACAGCGUCCACUUCAUUUCAUCCGUCACUGACUCAACCCCAGGACAGUUCCAACUCCUCAGACAAGCUCAAGAAGCUAAAAGAGGUCCACAAACGUUUAAAUGAGCUGCGAGAAUUAGUUCAAUACUAUGAACAAACCUCAGACAUGAUGGUUGACGCGAUUAACGAGAAUGUGAAAGAAGAUGAAGGCGAUGAUGAGGAGGAGCAGGAAGAGGAAACAGACAGUUCCCUGUUUGAAGUCAUGUUUGAUUCUGAACAAGAGAAUCGCCAACCAAUAACUAACAUCAGAAACCGCAAUCGAAACUGGACAGAUCUGAAUAGCCUGACCGACAGACGCACCAUAAGAAGCAAUGGUACCAACAACCGGGACGGAAGACUGAACAUCGAGUGUGAGAUCAACAACCGGUCAGCUGCCAACCUCCGCAGCCUCAAAAUGCCCUCAGCUAUAGAUUGUCAGUACAACAGGGAGACAUCAUACAGUCAGUUGAAGGAUGAAGAUGAAGACAACUGUCUUGAUAAUGGCGCACAGACUGUGGCACCAGACAGUGAGGCAUCGAGUCGGAGGAGCAGUGUGGGGAAUGCAGAUGAUGCAGGGUUUUCUCAGAAGGUUCAUCGUCACACAGCAAAGCAGAAGCUGCGGCAGCUGCAAGAACUGGUGGCCAUGGUUCAAAGUGAUGACACAGACGUCACUACAGCUAAUGAAGAUGAAGCUUUACACCAACAGCCAAACAACACUAGAACUACUGCUUCUCGGCCACUUGGAGCUGUGUCUAAACAGAAUCCCAGAAACCUCACUCUGUCCAGUAAAGCCAGGGAGAAGUUGUAUGAGGAGAAGCUGCUUCAGCAGAAACAAGAGCGAAAGCAGCUCCAUGAAGAGCGGCAGAGACUCCGAGAAAUCCAAGGAAAGAUCCAAGAUCUCCAGUGGGCUUGUCCUGACCUCCAGUCAUCUCUGUCCAGCUCUAUUAGUCAACCGCAGAAAAAAGCCCCAAUAGCCAAUCAAGUCGCCGCUCCAUCAGAAUCCAAAACAAACUCAGCGGUGCUCAAGGCCACUCCAGCAGAAGCUGCCACUUCCUCAGUCACUGAUAAUGAGCAGCUUUGGUCGGAGAUGCGUCGCCACCAGAUCCUUCGGGAAGAGCUGCGUCAACGCAGGAAGCACUUGGAGUCCUUGAUGGCUGAACACCAAAGACGUAGUGGUCUGGAUGACUCUCCCACUCGCAGGAAUGAUGACCAGGAUAGCUUGGCUACACCUUCACAACCUGUCAGUAGGGAUGAAAGGACAACGGCUUCCUGGGGUUCCACUCCCUGCCACCUCAAUGGAGAUGAUAAUGAUGGUGACGGUGAAGAUGACGAUGAUGGUGAUGAAUAUACCGCAGACAUAGGUGAAGAGGAGCAGGAAGAAAGUGCAGCAAGCACCUCUGAUGAUGACAUCCACAUAUACCCUUCCAGCAGGAACCAGUGCUCGUACAGUGGCAGGAAUAACCAAGGAAGUAACCUGAAUCCCCCAGCAGCCUUCUCUGUGUGUAGUGGGAAUCUUUCAAACAAAACCACUGGCAAACAACAAAUACAACAGCAGCAGGAACUUCUGUCUCAGAGUUUGUCUGUAAACCACCACACGCAAAGACAAGAAAACUUUCGAUUGCCCUCUGAGCUUUCUUUCAUUGACUCCUCAUGCCAGUGGCAAGAACAGGUCAGCCAGCUUCAGAGGCAACUGGAUUUUAGCACCAGCAUGUGUCAGACCCUCUUGCAGGACCAGCAGAACCUGUCCUACAUGUUGCAAACCCUGUUGACCGGCCAUUACAGCAUGUUACCGAACAAUUUAUCAUCACCGCAGGUCCAACUGGUCAUGCACCAGCUCAACCAAUGUUACACACAGUUGACCUGGCAGCAGAACAAUGUACAAAGGCUGAAACAGGUCCUGAAUGACCUUAUUAGACAGCAGCAGCAACAGCAGCAACAGCAGCAGCCACUUUCUCUGUCUACAGCAGGUUGGCAGACCCAGAAACAGGGCUCCUGCAAGGAAUCUACCUCAACAUCACCUGCUGUCUUUCCGCCAUUUUCCUCCACCCUGCAACCUCCAGCCAACAACAUGUCCACAGCUGCGUUAUCCCCAUUUCCUCCCAACUUUAGCCUGUAUCCACUCUUCCCUGCUCCAGUCACUGACUUUCCUCAAGGUGCAGCAGGCCCUGCUGUUGCCGAUCACCAAAAACAACAACUCGACCCCAACACCUCCAUCAAAACAGAGUACAUGAGUUUCCCUCCCCCUCUGCAACGUUCACCCCUCAACAAGACAACAGAACAAGGACCAGGUAUAUGGCUCAACACCUGUACAAACAACAACAUCCAGCCUCACUCAAACACACAAGAGACACAGCCCUGCUCUCCAGUUGUUGUUAACAGUCACCCAAGAAGUCAAGAAUUUGAUAAGACAUCACAGGAGAGCUUUAGCAGCAUGCCUGACCCUGUGGAUCCCACCACCGUAACAAAGACAUUUAAGGCUGGACGUAAGGCCUCGGCACAAGCCAACCUGGCCUCCCGUAGCAAGACACCUGGGUCAAAGAACCGACGAAAGAGGAGGAGCAAAGGGCAGAACAGAAACAGUGAAGACCAUGAGAGUGACAGUGUGAGCAGCAUUGCAGACUUUGCCCAAGAGAGGGCAGUCAUGUCGUAUGACAAGGAGCACAAUCAAAGUCUGCUGGACAGGCUGACUAGAGAAAAAUUGAAUAGUCGGACUAAGCUUGGAAAUAAAAGAAAUGACCUUUCCUCUGCUUAUGCUUGGAGAACACCCUUCCUUUCUAACAGAAUUGCAUGCACAGAGGCACCAGAUGCCAGUAACGACUUCUCUCUGUUCGAGGCACUGAGGGAAACCAUUUACUCGGAGGUGGCCACACUGAUCUCCCAGAAUGAAUCUAGGCCUCACUUUCUCAUUGAGCUUUUUCACGAGCUGCAGCUCCUCAACACUGACUAUCUACGGCAGAGGGCGCUCUAUUCCCUCCAGGAUUUAGUGACCAGACAUCUGGCGGAGAAGAGUGCUGCCCAGGACCAUCUGUCUCCUCACGGGCCUGUGUGGGCUGCAGGCUCUCAGUCUGAGCUGACGCCCAGUGAGAGCCUCGCAACCAGUGAUGCUGAGAUGGUGGAGAAAAACCUUAGGCUCACACAGAACACGGUGAAAAAGCAGGAGGACACAGAGUCUGUGGACGACAGCCCCGUCUCCAUCUCCUCCAACCUGGAACCAUUUGCCAACGAUGAUUUGGGCAACACAGUGAUUCAUUUAGACAAAGCUCUGGCCAGGAUUAGGGAGUAUGAGCGCAUGAAGCUAAAAGCUGAAUUAAACCCCUGCAAUGCCAGCAGUGCAGGUGUAGGUGACUCUGAGGUUUCACAUGCAGAACAGGCUUCUGCUCUCUCUGCUGAUCCACUGGAAGCAGCAAGAAGAGCAGCUGGAGAUGCGGACUAUCCUCAGAUCAACACCCAGCAGCUGGACCGACAGAUCAAAGCCAUCAUGACUGAAGUCAUUCCCUAUUUGACGGAGAACAUGGACGAGGUUUGCUCAAUGCAGCUCUUGACAUCCGUGCGCCGCAUGGUCCUCAUGCUCACCCAACAAAAUGACGAGAGCAAGGAGUUUGUUCGUUUUUUCCACCGUCAGCUGGGAGGCAUCCUGCAGGACUCUCUGAGUAAAUUUAUCGGCCGGACUCUGAAGGACUGCGGAGAGGACCUCCUGGUGGAAAUUUCUGAGAUUCUCUUCAAUGAACUGGCCUUCUUCAGGCUCAUGCAGGAUUUGGACAAAAGCAGUAAUGUGGCCUCAGCUGCCAAGAAGAAAAAUAAGAGGAGUGAGCAAACUACUAAUGUGAGACAUGCUGUCAAUAAAAAUCCAGUUGUUUGUGACAAGUCUCCGACUCCAGCCUAUUCAGAUGAAGACAAGGAUCAAGAUGAAACUGAGCAGCAAAAUUAUUCCAUAGAAGAAGAAGAAGAACAACAACCACCACUGCCACUGCAGCAGCAGUGUUACCUGCAGAUAGAGACGAAGUACAACUGCAGCAGUGAAGUGUCAGAAGCUGACGAGGAAGAUGAGGAUGAAGGUGCGGGACAGAAAAUGUCUCUGUCCUUCAAUCUCUCCAAAGCAGAGACCCAGGCCCUGACAAACUAUGGCAGUGGGGAGGAUGAGAACGAGGAGGAGGAGUUGGGAGAGUUUGAAGCCGGACCUGUCGAUGUCCAGACGUCAUUGCAGGCUUCGGCUGACAGACAGGCAGAGGAAACAACUGCCAAUAAAAUCCAGGAGAUGAAAAGUGAUCAGAGUCUAGAGGGUGGUGUUGAAAUAAUCACACCAGUGGAGACUAUCAAUUCAGCCUUGGCUGAAAACACUACAGCAACAAGCCAGAGCCCGGAGGAGGGGGAGGAGGAGGAGCAGGAGCGGGGUGUCACAGACGAGAAAGCAGCAAGCACAGGAGUCUUUGAAGGACUGAAGUCCUCCACGACCAGCAGCCCUGACACAGACUCACCUGUCAUGAUCAACGUGGACGAGGUGGCUUCAGGUAACACAAGCCAAAAGUCUGAUGAAGAAGACUUUGUCAAGGUGGAAGACCUGCCUCUGCAGCUCACAGUGAUGUGUGAGGAGGAGCUACAGAAGAGAAUAGUGGAGGAGCAGCAGAAGAAUAACUUGUCUGAGGAGGUCCUCAAUGGAAACACGGAGUCUCUGACCAGACUGGUGGGAAAUGCACAGGCCCUGAAGGAACCAGAUACAGUUGAAGAGCAGAGAAUGUGAAGAGACACAUCUAGCAGACCACGCUGGAAAUCUGCUCUGCUUUCACGUCUCACUUUUUAAUCUGCUUGUUUUAAGUAGCAGUGAUUCCUGUAUCACUCAUUGACUGUUCUUCACACCACACAGUUGUUCAACACACACACACAUACUCUUUCCUUCAAGCCCUGAUGUCAUUUAGCAGUAACCUGGGUUUUGGUUCAUCUCCAUGCUGCUGUUUCUUAAGCCUCAGUUUGAACAUUUGAAGUUCUGGUUCCUGUGCUCAGAUCAGCCUCAGGUUCCAUCAGAGUUCUGGGAUCUGUUUGACACGAGUUGUGAGAAAUGUUCACUUUGUUUUUAUUUAUCCUGGACCUGUAUCCCUCUUGUACAGUUUACAUUUACUGUGCUUAAUAUUGAUGAAAUGACAGUAGAAAAGAAAGUUCAGCUUCAGCCAUUGAUUUUUAUCUGUUAAGACUUUACUUUUAUCUCUGAUAACUUUUCUUCAUCAACUGCAUCGACUUCAGUGCAAGUUACAGUUUUUAAUUAAAUAAAGUUUUGAAACUGUGA